AUGGCGGCUGCCUCGGCCGGCCCGGGGCUGGAGCUGCAGCUCCCGGAGGGGCUCCCGGGGCCGGGCGGAGGAGGGCUGACACCGCCUCCCCCCCGGGGCUUUCCGCAGCCGGAGGGGCAGGAAGAGAGGAGAGGGGGGACCCAGCCGCCUCCCCUCCCAUCCCCACGACCCCUUUUCCUUCCGCAGAGCGGCGGCCGGCCGUGCCCGCAGCCGGACUUCAGCGGGGGGCCGGGCUGCUCCUGUCCCUGGCCGGCCCCCGGUGGGGUUUCCAGGGAGAGCCGGGCCGCCGGCUGCGCCGCGGAGCCGCCGCUGCACGGCCAGGGCCGGCGGGAGGCUCGGCAGCCCGGUAAGUGGGGGGCGAGGGGGGCCCGGUCCCGGCAGGGAGAGAGCGGUCGGAGCGGGCUAACCCCGCGCUGCUGUCGCCCAGGCCGGCUGUGCACCCCCGAGCUCGGUGGGCAGGACGAGGUGUGGCGGGGAGACCAGCUGUCCUCCCAGCUCUACAGGAACAAGCAGCUUCAAGAUACUUUGCUUCAGAAGGAAGAGGAACUUGCUAGGUUACAUGAAGAAAAUAAUAACCUCCGACAAUACCUGAAUUCUGCCCUGAUUAAAUGCUUAGAAGAAAAAGCCAAGAAAGUGCUAUCCUGCCAUGGCCAAAAAAACUCUGCUAUUCUCAAAAGCACCAAAAGGAGAUUAAAAGAGGACUACUGCUUUACUCCUCAAGAAACUCCUCAUGCUUCCAAAGCCAGAAGGAACCUCUUUAAUGAAUUCACUGCCUGUGAAGAGCAAGCCAGUCCUGCUGUGGACAGCUGGGUCUUGCAGACCUUAGGACUGAAAGAUGUCGACACCAUCGAUGAAUCUUCAGCUAACUACAGUGCCCUCUCCUCAGACCUUGGAAAAGAUUCAUACUGCCUGAGCCCUGAUGAAGCAAUAGACUAUGGCCACAGCGAAGGAGCAGCAGCAGCAUAUAGCUACAGCCACGUGCCUCCAGAUAACAGCAGCGUCCACCCAUGCAGCACGGACUCUACCUUCCUUCCCCAGUUUCCUUCCGCACCCUGCAUCUCGUCACCAGUGCCAAGUAUUUCCUCCCUCCCAGCCUAUGGGUUGCCAUAUUUGACUAACGAUUUGUCACCUAACAGAACAGAAGUGGCCUUCACAACAUCUCUAAGCCCUCACCGCAAUGUGAGAACACACACCUUCCACCAAGGACAAGCUUUUGUGCGCAGAGAAGAUGAUGGAGGAUGGAGAUUCACCUGGGUGCCCAAGCAGGCUGAAUAAAGCACCUGCAUGAAGGGUCAGCUAGAGGGGAUGUAAGAGACAUACACUUCACCCUGUGCUCGAGACAAGUUCAGACAUCAGAAACAAGCCUGUUAAAUACUACCCUGCCACCCACCCAUUCAUCAUUCCCUUCCAGAUUUUCACAGGUGUGGCUCCAGAUUGCACUGAGACAGGUAUCUGCCCCAGGCCAGGUGUUUAGAUUGGACCCAAUUCUCUUGUGCCUGUGUUGAGAUACCUACUUUUUCUCACAUCAUGGUUUCUGUCAUCAACUAUUCCUUCUUAACUGGUGUCUUCCAGACUGAACUACUUUCAGCAUUGAUGGUCACGCCCACAUGCAUCAAACUGGAAGGGAUUUGGGGAAUACAGUUUGGAAAUAACAUCUCUCCCCAACACCCACAGGUGACAAAGAUGGCAUAGGCUGAGGGUCAGCAGUGUCUGUGAUUUGGGUCUCUUGGCUACGUAGAUUGCCUUGGAUUAAGGCAACCACUCUAUUUGUUAACAUGUUACACUAGGUUGUCCUACCUGCAGUCACUUGGUGCUGUCGUUUUUUAUUUUUUGAUAAUGAUUCAAAAAGCAGGACUUAAUUCUGUUGCCUAAAGGCUACAUAAUUACAAGCAAUUCAGCAAGUCUGAGAUUUUCUUCUGCUGUGAUUAAAAGACCAAUGUGUUUUCUGCA